CCGGCAGCAGCAGAAGAAGAACAAGUGUUGCUACUGGAGGUUACUUGUUAAAUUACAUUCGAGCAUAAAGAUCAAACUUGUGUUCUACAGUGAACUUCGUCUCUUUGGGAACAACUCACCUCACUCGGGACGAAGAGUCGCAGCUUCUCCGACUCUCUGACUUCCUGCUUCCUCCCUGAAACAAUGCGGGACCGGACCAAAGAGUUGGGAAAUAAUGCCGAGGCGUCGGACGAGGAGGAGGAGGGCCGAGCUCUGAUGAUCAAACCUGGAACCUCUUCAGCCAAAGAGGAGAAGGAGAGUGAGGCCUUUUUCAAAAAGGUGCAAGAAAUCCACGUGGGUCUGCAGAGUCUCCGGAGGAUGGUGUCGGAGCUCGAGAACAAACAGAAGACCGUGCUCGGCGAAGCGCUGCCGGUCGAGAGUUUGAAGAAGGAGCUGCAGACUCUCCGAGACGAAAUAAAAACGAUGGCGAGCCACAUCCAGAAGAAGCUGAAGAGUGUUGAGCCCAAGAAGGGAGAGGACGACGGAAAAUAUAUCCCCAUCAACGCCCGGAUGCAGCGCACACAGCACGGUGUGUUGUCCAAGGAGUUCGUGGAGCUGAUGGGCUACUGCAACACCAUCCAGGCCCAGUACAGGGACCGCAACGUGGAGCGGAUACAGAGGCAACUCAAAAUCACCGGGUCCAACGUGUCGGACGAGGAGCUGGAUUCCAUGCUGGAGAGCGGGCAGACGGAUGUCUUCACUCAAAACAUCCUGAUUGACGCCCAGGCCACGCGGCAGGCGCUGAACGAGAUCGAGUCCCGGCACGACGAGAUCCUGAAGCUGGAGCGGAGCAUCAGAGACCUGCACGACAUGUUCCAGUACCUCGCCAUGGAGGUGGAGGCUCAGGGCGAGAUGGUGAACCGGGUGGAAAACAACAUCAAACUGUCUUCGAACUACGUGGAGAAGGCGAAGGACAACACGGAGAAGGCGGUCACGUAUCAGCAGAAAGCACGCAAGAAGAAGAUUUGGAUCGCCAUCUGUCUGGCCAUCCUCCUCCUCAUCAUCAUCAUCUCGCUGGUCACCACCUUCGGCACCUAACACCAGGCGGCGGGAGUCAGCAGUCGGAUUCCGUUUGGCAGAAGCACAUUAUUGGUUUAAAAAGAAAAAAAUCCCACUUUCAUGUAAAUACACAUUGACCCACGGGAAGAAGAACCAGAUCAUUUGGACGUUGGAUUUUCUUUUUUUUUCCUUCCACGUUUAAAUGUUGUCUUCCUCUAACCUCCCCGUCUUCCUUACGGACCUUUUUUGUUUUGUUUUGCUUUGUUUUAAGAAGAGAUGUGCUCUCCGUAGUUUUAACUCACAAAUGACUACAACUCCCACCUGCAUCUCUGCUUCCACUGGAGGCAGUGCUGCUGGUGGACGGACCCUCCUUCCCUCAUCAGACCCUGGCGGACGGCGACCACACAAAGACCAGGGCCGACUCUGAACUGUUGGGUCAGAGCCACUUCCUCCUCCUCUUCCUCCUCUAAAGCAGAAGAGGAAGCCAGUGGCCUGGAGCGCUGCACAAUACAGUAUUGAAACAUGACACCGGCGCUGAAACACACUGUACUCAGGAAAAAAAAUGUGCGCCAAUUCUUGUUACUUUUUUUUUUGCGUGUGUGAAUGAAUCAGAGGCGUAAAAAAACAAUUUUAAUUUCGUUGAUAGGCUAAUAUAAUUGUACAUAACCUUUAUUUGCUGAGAAUUAAAGAUAGACUUUAUGCAGAUACAUUUUUUAAAACUUGAACAAAGUAUCAAACUUGCUUCCCGUGAGAAGCAGAUUUUUUUUUCUUUAAAUAUGAAAUAACAGCUCCCUUCUUUUGUAUUUGAGGUAGGUCUCAGAGGCCCGAGGCUCCUUUUACUCGUCGACCACUUUGUAUUUAUGAUUAGAACAUUUAAAGUUCUGCAACAACAACACAUGAUGAUGAAAUCUUCCGACUGUGCCUUUCUUAACUUCAAGCCGAGGCUGUGAUGUUGUGAAGGGACGGCGCGCGCGAUCGUUUAGCUUUAUAUAUGUCCUCGACUUCACCCGACACGGAAAACUGUUUCUAAUUUGAGGUCACGUUGUGCAGUCUCUGAUGGUCCGUCAGGCUGCAGUGGAAGAGAAACCGUGUGUUCAUCACCACAAUGUCACGGAUCAGGAGAAAGAAAAAAAUUAAAUAAACCAUAACCGUUCACGUUUGAAGGAAGCUCGGUCCUCGCUCGAGUCUUCCCCCCCCCCCCCCCCCCCCGACGCCACAGAUCAGCAACGUUGCAAUAUUCCAGUUGUUGAAGUUUGCAUCACUUUAUUUUUAAUGUAGAUUGUUUUUAAAAUAAAAUAAUGCCAUGUUCUAUUA